AUGGAGUGGCACAGAGACCUCUCUCACGAUCACGCAUUUGUGGAUCUGUUAUUGUCUGGUUUACCUGGUGAAGAGGACCUUCAGCAGCUGUUGAGAGAAACAGAGGACAAACUCAAACUCAAUGCCUGCAGUAUUGAACAGAACAUGAAGGAACUGCAGGAGAAGAUGGGAGAGCCCUGGACAGGAGAGCGUGUGCCUAGUCCUACUGAAUGCCUGCAGUGGUUUAGCCCUCGGAACUUGGCCACUCUGAAACCAGUUGUUGUAGGACACCAGGAGCUUCUGGACUUCCUGCGAGAACUGCAGCAGGUACUGAAGGCAGCGGAGGGUCAUGAGGAGGCAGUUCUCCAGCUGCUGUGGAACAUCUCCUCCCAGUGUGGAGUGACUUUCCCCAACUCCAGUUCUUCUGCGCCCAGCUCCAGCCCUGCCGUUCACACAGCAAGAGAUGACUCUGCCCUGGAGGCGCAGGAGGUCUGGAAUGACAUCCGAGUCUUGCUUCGGCGCCACCUAGUGGAUAAGCUCCAGACUGCAGCCAAACCCAGAGAGCGUGAGGAAGACGAAGCGGAGAGGGACCGUGUUCUACGGCGUAUCCUGCACCUCCAGCAACUGUCUUUUCUUUACCCAGAAUCUGACGUGCUGAUGAGGUACCAGAACCUUCAGAGGAGAGCUGUACUGGACCUCUUGCAAAGCACCCAGUCCUGCAGCUCCGCCAGAGACAGAGGUUUUGACAGGCUGGCCCUCAGCUUCCGCGAGGCCUCUCCAGCUCUUUGUUCCAUGAUACAGGAGGACCUACAGGUUCUCAAUGGAGUAGCAGAACCCCAUAGUAUCCUGGCCUUCCUGAACCAGGUUUACCUGAGCACCAUAAGCCAGGAGCUGGGUUUGCUGAUGGAGAGAGAGGUGGAGAUGGCUCUGAAGGACAAUACUACACCCGGUGGCAAAGGAGGGAAGAGCUCCAGUAAGAGCAAGACAGCUGUAGCCCCUCAAGAGCAGCCCAAGCGAGAGAGAAGCUUCUGUCUGACCUCCCAUCAGCUGUGCUGUCUGACACAACUGGCAACCGCUCUGCUGGAGCUGGAGCAAAAGGUGGAGGAUCUGGCAACCCAGGUUGGAUUUCUUAACUGCGCAGGAGAGGCAGUUUGCAGUGGCAAAGGGAUCCCGAGAAAGGCCAAGGAGGAUACAGACGUCCCCUCGGUCGACGGCAAGUCCACCCCCAACCUGCUGCUCCAGAACACGGAGGCCGUGUCUCUGGAGUUUGACUGGAGGGUGGCCUUCAGAGACCUAGUUCCUCAGAUGGCUCACUGCCUGCGUGUGGUGCUUGAGGACAUCUGCGCAAAGAGCCUACAGCAGGAGGCGGAGUCCCAUGCAGCUAACCCCGCCUACCUAGCCUGCAUUGAUGUACCUCAGAGAGAAGGGGCGGAGCCAACCUGUCCCGAGCGGGACAGCCCAAAAAGAAUAGUCAAGUUCUGUGGGGAUGUGAUGGGGGAACUGGACACUCUUCUUGCCUUGGCAUUGGUGUGUAAGGACGAAGCUUUACUGCCCGUACGCUCCAGCUUCGUGGAGGUCACUGGCCGGGUGACCUCUGCCCUACUGGGUCGGCUGGAGGAGAGGGCGCAAGAGGUGCCUUCCACCACACCUUUCCAAAAUCUGCCGCUCCUGCUGGCCACCAGCACGUACAUUCAUCAAAGGCUUUGUCACUAUGAGAGUCAGCUGAGACACAGCGCACGAAUGCCUCUCACGCUGUUACCCCUUCAGAAGAACCGGGAGGUAACUGCAGCUCUGCAUGAACACCUGACAAGCUAUGGCCUACACGUGUGUGUCACCAGCCUCCUCCAGGACGCGGAAAGCCACUACUGGGCUGACCCUCGACCUUUCCACGAGGGCGAGAGGUGCUCCUUCUCCAUCCAGAUGUGGCAUUAUUUUCUCUCUGGCCUGCGCAGUGACCUAUGGGCUGUGUUACCCCCAGCACUGGCCCAGGAGACCUUGGCCCAGGUGCUCUGCCAGACGCUUCAAGUUCUGGUUCAGAGAUACUCCAGAGCAAAACCCUCUUACAAGAGAGCUCCACAAAUCAGGUGUGAUAUCACUGCGGUUCUGCUCUGUGUGGAGCAGCUGAUGUGGAGUGUGUGUGACAGUGUUUCCGACCUGGUUCGACCCGACCCGGCCUCAGGGAGCUGGGUGUCCUGCAUACACAGCCUGUGUGGGCAGUUACUGAGUGUUCUGGUCAUCGUCACGGCGCCAUUAACAGAACUCUGCCGAACAUUCCAGAGAAACCCAGAUGAAAAAAGGUUUGACUCUGAGGUCACGCAGGCCAGAGAUAUCCACACCCCUCUGUGGCUGAGAUCAGUCGACCCUAGGCUGUUCUCAGUUGACACAAUGAGGGACUGCAGUGAAGGUGAAGGAUCCGCUGUUUGUCCCCUGAAGCUUCUGAUUUCGGGGCCUUGCUGUAAUCCAGCCCUCCUCUUACAGACGUUACUCCACACGGACGGCCUCGUGCUCCGUGCCCUCAUCCGGCACUCACAUUUCUAUGGAGACAGCGAAGUGGAGGUCACCCCUGAACAGAAGAAAGCUGCUGAUGGUUUUAUGGAAGCGGUUUUCACAGUGUUGGCCUCUCUAAACCCUGUUCCCAAAGCUUUAACACUAGCGCUGGAGGAGUACAUGGACAGCAGACAUUUAUGGGAUCACUUGUAUAACCUAGCAGAUUCAGGCAGGUCAGAGCCGACGGUGAUUGGCUGUAUCCGAGCGACUGUGACUCGCCCCGUGACAAGCCUGUUGACCCACUUGGUUGGUAUGGUUCGGACCUGUGAGGACCGCUCCGGUCCACUGAUCAGACAGGACCUGCCAGACGGCAUCCUCAACAAAAUCCCUAAAGAAUGGAAGUAUACCCACCAGGAUACCAAAGCCAAAGAGUCCAGCAAGAGCAUGGUCAGGGUGUCCAUCCAAGGCCUCUCCUUCAUCUUCACCAACCUUCCCUCCAUCAUAUCCUCUCUUCCCCUACCUAUUAGAUUUCUUUUUGCCGUGGCUGAAAAGCGCCUCUCCCAGCAUGCCCGGCAGCUGCGGUCAACAGGCCUGCUUGUCUGGGCUUUCCUCGGCUGCCUGUGUCAGAGCCUGGAGGACGGGGAGGCCCUGGAGAGGGUCUCCUGCUCCCCCCUGGAGCGCGGAGCUAAGGAGAGACUGGCUCUGCUCUCUGAAUGCCUACAGGUCAGCCUGGGUCAGCAGAAAGGUGUCCCCAAGACAGCUGUCCACAAAGUCCUACAGGGCCUGGAAGAGUGCAGACCAAAAUGGAGCUGUGUGCAGCUGCAGAAGGCUCGAAAGCUCUGCUGUGAGGGUGUGUUUGAACGUAGGGCGAGUGGUUCAAUGCAGGAGACGGGCGGCAUUGCUGAGCUCUCGGAGAGCAGAAUUAGGCAGAUGCUCCUGCAGCUGUGCCACCACACGGGUGGCAGUCAGAGCCUUAGGCAGAUCUAUGACACCAUCCAGCUCAACCAGGAGAUACUGAUGUCCCGGCUAUUGGGUCCAGCAGAGUCUGACACAGAUCUGCCCCCGGGACCCGGACUGGUCAUCUUCUGCCUGGAGGAGAGCGAAGCCACGGGGUCUCACACCCCCUUCAACCCCCUGACACAGUUUGACCACAUCGGGCACAAGAAGUUCGAUCAGUCAGCGGUGAGUGAGUGGGAAUGGGACUGGACCCAGCUGCUCUCAGCCAAUCAGAGCGUGAGUCACCUGACCUUGAGAUCACUGCUGUCUAACAGGUGGGAGAUGCAGGAUGCCGCGCCACUUGACGACGAAGAGAAAGUUCUGGUGGAACAGCUGAAGAAAUCUUAUUUUACCCAGACCACUGAAUCUUAG